AUGACGAUUGUCAAUGAAAUCUCGGCACCUGAGGCCAACAGCUACGACUAUGUCAUUGUCGGGGGUGGAACAGCUGGCUGUGUGAUCGCCUCACGGCUCGCCCAGUUUCUGCCGAAUAAACGAAUUCUCGUUAUCGAAGGCGGCCCCAGUGACUUCAUGGACGAUCGAGUCCUGAAGUUGAAAGACUGGCUCAAUUUACUGGGUGGCGAAUUUGACUACGACUACCCUAUCGUUGAGCAGCCUCAUGGUAGAUAUCACCUGGAUGCCGAAUCAUUGUAUUGUGGUAUAGGCAAUAGUCAUAUCCGUCACUCUCGGGCAAAGGUGCUAGGCGGUUGCUCUAGUCAUAACACUCUCAUCUCUUUUCGCCCUUUCGAAUUCGAUUGCCAGAGCUGGGUUUCCAAGGGCUGUACAGGCUGGGAUUUCGAAACUUUCACGCGACUGAUCGACAACCUGCGCAACAGGAUUCAGGUUGUGGACCCUCGUCAUCAGAACCAGCUUUGUAAAGACUGGAUUGAGUCUUGUUCGACCGCCAUGGAGAUUCCUAUCAUCGAGGAUUUCAACAAAGAGAUCCGGAGCAAUGGCGAUCUGACAGCGGGGGUUGGGUUUUUCAACAUCUCCUACAAUCCGAAUGACGGUCGCCGCAGUAGCGCAAGCGUUGCUUAUAUUCACCCUAUUCUGCGUGGGGAAGAAAGACGCCCUAAUUUGACAAUUCUUACCAAUGCCUGGGUGUCCAGAAUCAAUGUUGAGGGUAAUGAUUCUGUCGUCGGUGUCAAUGUAAAACUUCAUUCGGGUGUUUGUCUGGAUGUCCGCGCGAGAAAGGAGACAAUUCUAUCUGCUGGCGCGAUCGAUACUCCCCGCUUGAUGAUGCUUUCCGGUAUUGGCCCUCAUGCACAGCUAUCUGCUCUAGGUAUCCCCGUUGUUAAGGAUAUCCUUGGCGUUGGAGAAAACUUGCUUGACCAUCCAGAGAGUCUCAUUAUGUGGGAGCUCAAUAGACCUUUCCCCCGUGAUCAAACGACUAUGGACUCGGAUGCUGGAGUUUUUCUCCGCCGGGAAAAUGGCAAUGGUUCUGCUGCGGACAUAAUGAUGCAUUGCUACCAGGGAGCUUACUCUGUCAACACGAAUCGUCUAGGUUACGAGGAACCUGUGAAUGCUUUUUGCAUGAGUCCAAAUGUUCCUCGCCCUCGCUCUCGUGGUCGCAUGUAUCUAGUCUCGCCCGACCCAGACGUCAAACCGGCUCUCGACUUUCGUUAUUUUACCGAUCCGGAGGGGUAUGAUGCGGCCACUAUCGUGGCUGGCCUAAAAGCGGCCCGACAAAUUGCUCAACAGACCCCGUUCAAAAACUGGAUCCAACGGGAGGUUGCUCCAGGCCCUGAGAUACAGACAGAUGAGGAAUUGUCUGAGUAUGGCCGCCGUGUGGCGCACACUGUCUAUCACCCGGCGGGAACUACGAAGAUGGGCGACGUUGUACGCGACAAAAUGGCCGUGGUAGAUCCUGAACUCAAAGUGCGUGGCCUAAAAGGUGUACGCAUUGCCGAUGCUGGCGUUUUCCCUGAUAUGCCAAGCGUCAACCCAAUGCUCACGGUGUUAGCUAUCGGUGAGCGUGCUGCCGAAUUGAUCGCCAUGGACGCCGGCUGGAAGCCUUCAAAGUCCCAUCUGUAG